AUGGAUCCUCUUUCGAUUGCCGCCUUCGCUCUGCAGAUGGUGGGAAUAGCCGGCAAGAUUGUGGAAGGUACUGGCAAAUUCGUCCAAGAAAGCAAGGCUAUUGCCUCGAGCAUCUGUGAAUUCCACGAAACCAUUCGCAACCUUUACGCUGCGUUGCGCAAUGUGGCUCGAAUUCUAAAACAGCAUCCGCAUCAGCUUUCCUUUGAAAGAGAGCACCACCAAGACAUUUACCAAAUUCUCAAAUCAUGCCGCUCAUCGCUUGAUAGGCUGCAGAAAGAGCUGCCAGAACUCGACGACAAACCGGGUCCGAUUGAUAAGGCCAGAGCGAGCUUUGCCAUGACGUUGAAGUCGGUUGUAAUUCGCGAUCUGAUUUCGCACAUCACCUCGUAUACACAAGUUCUUCAACUCAGUCUUAUAACCUUGUCACUCGGCUCACUAUGGACUCAGCAAAAGUCUCAAGACCAGGUGCAUGUUGCGAUAAGAAAGUUGACCGACGAAAUUCGGGCUGCGAAUCUCAUCUCGCGUGCUGGCACGGGCCAGAGGCCACCAUCCACUGACUGGGACGAUGACACUGAUACCAGGCUGGAUGAAUCUCUAUCUGUAACCAAGGAGAUCCAAGCCUGGCGAAUGUCGGCCGACGAAGUGGCAGCCGCAGUCACUUUGCAAAAUGCAGACCAAAGCCACUCGUUCCUGUCGUUUAACUCGUCGUUCACCAAGUUGGCCUUGGAGAAGGACCAGGGCUCGAAACAAGCGUCAGGUAAUGUUGACUCGGACGACUGGGAUCCAGAGCCCGACCAUCCAGACGGGCCAAGCAAAGACAUCCUCAGUCACCAGUACGACGCGAAUCAAGAAAUAGUCGACCGCUUGGUAGACUGCGGCAUAUUUCUCCGGGCUUCACUGUACCAGAAGAGGGGCAUCGAAAUUCGAGAACAACUCAGCCAGCCAGGAUACGAUGUCGAGUUCAGCUUUGCCGAGCAAGCUGCAAUGAAAGAACGACUCGCUGAUAUACUUUUAAAGAGUGAAACCGAGGAGGAAAUCGCCGAGGCAAAAGCAAUUCUUCAGUAUCUACUCCAAGAGGAGGUGAAACAGCCUGAAGAAUUUCGUGAUGACGAACGGCGAAGUCGGUUAUAUCACGAUCUCGGGAGCCUUUACGUCAGACUCGGCAACCUGAAGCAGGCGAAAAUGUUUUUGAGUCGGGCCCUCGAAAUUCGAAAGAAUCAAGAACCCAUCCCGGUUGAAUUGGUUAGAGUGACGGCAGACUUAUAUAUCAAAGCUCUACAACUUGACGGGGCUUUUGACGAAGCACGUGGUGUGGAAGUUUGGGUCAACACUGUCAUGAUUCCGUUGACAAGCCGGUCGGAAUCGCCCCCGAAUGCAGACUCUAUGCCAGACGCCAGAAGGCCAUCCUCCAUGGGAGAGCUUUCUCAAGCCUUUGCUUGGUGUCGGGAGAACGGAUUUGAUGUCGGUAUACCGAGCGGGUUUCGUUUCGAAACCUGCGACUUCAUGACACAAACCUCGCCGCUCCAUAAAGCUAUUCAAGACGAGAACCUCGAUGUGUUGAGGCAAAUGGUAGGACAUGUGGUCAAUCUGGAGAACGGGGGUAAUGUUGGUUUACCGACACCCCUGCUACUUGCUGCAUCGACGAGGAAUCGCGACAGCGUCGGGCUUCUGUUACAAACAGGUGCGCGGGCCGAUGUGCGUGAUAGCGCAGGCCUAAGCCCCCUGCACCGAUGUCAGAACAAGUCCGGCGGCGUUAACGUUGCCCGACUUCUCCUCGAGGACACCCCCAAACUGUUGGAUCUCAUCGACAAUUCGGGAAAGACAGCUUUGUACAUGGCCUGCGAGAUGGGAAACGAGGCAAUGGUUCGGCUCUUGCUGGGCGAGGGAGCCGAUCCCAAUAUUUGCCAUCAAACCAGGAGAGCGCAGAUGUCUUCUCCAUACUUGAGCAACAGCAAUGUGUGCACUCCUUUGAUUGCCGCGAUCCAGGUUGUAGCAACGAGGAGCUCUCGCAAGAUUGGAAUGAUCGAAGUGCUGCUUUCUCACGGUGCAGAUCCUCGACUAACUGAUGCCAAUGGCAGAAAUGCCUUCCAGGCGGCUUCCAAUUCCGGGCUGGCUGGAUCGGAGAUCAAACGACUCCUUCAACAAUAUUCGCAAACGUCUCCUCGAAAGAUUAGCGAUGCAUCCAUGUCGACUGUGUUCACUAGGUCAUCUACUUCGAGUGACCACGUAUCUCACGGAUCAAGUCGGAUGAGCUCUCUCAUGAGAUUUUGGAGCAAGUCCGAGUCAACCAGUUCAGGUGUUGACUCGGUUCCGGAAGGGGAAUAG